AUGGACUCCCCGAAAAAUUUUCAACUUAGAAAGAAUUGGAGACCAGGUAUAAAAGAUACGAGUGAUGAUGAAGAUAUCAUUAUUGAUGGUAGUGGAAACGAUAUUUUAGAUCAUCAACAACCUUUCUCAGAUACUCAACAUUCCUUGAUAGAUACGUGGUUGCCUUGUUGUGAAAUUGGAAGUUCGGUUGGUGCAUGUGGAAUUUUAUGUGAUGCCGAACUUCAUUACAAUAAACUGGCAUCCGGGGUUCUUAGUCUUAGACUAGAAUACGAGAAAAAACUAGACAUAUAUCUCAAACAGCGCGGGAAAUCAGUGCCCAUGUUAUUAUUUAAACAAUGUAUUGAAAGGAGACCAAACGAGUUCUAUAAAUGCUGUUCGGCUGCUAAAUCGGAAAGGCGGGAAAAUCAAAGAUGGAAUAAAUUCAAACCUCCACGUAUAUCGAACAAAAAACAACUAGCAUGGAGAUUUGUUAAUGGUUGA